CCCGCUCGCCAACGGCAGGUCUGGAAUGUUGCCAAUGUCGAGCCCUCCAGCAAAUCCGGGACAGCUCACCAUUUUUUAUGGUGGGUCAGUAUGUGUGUAUGACUCAGUGCCACCAGAGAAGGCUCAAGCAAUCAUGCUCAUUGCAGCAGCAGCUGCUGCGGCCUCAAAAAGCAAUGGCACCGCUGCUGUUAAGCCUCCAGCGAUGUCUGCGACCAAUGCGAUCCAAGCCAUGCUUACGCGGUCGCUCUCACUCCAGAGCACUUCUGUAGCAAAUGGACAACCUCAGGCUGUUGCGGAUCCGGGCUCGAUUUGCAAGCUUCAGGCUGAUCUUCCCAUCGCCAGGAGACACUCCCUUCAGCGCUUCCUGGAGAAGCGCCGUGACAGGGUGGUGAGCAAAGCUCCUUACGGCGCCGGGAAGCCAUCCGAAGGCAUGGGAGCAUCUUCUGGGAUGGAAGCGGUCGCGGAGGGCAAGGCCCAGUAACCCUGAAAGAAGAAAGACGGCCCUGCCCCUGAUGUUUGGAAGGAAAGGGGCGUGUGUUAGCUGAUGUGAUGUUACACCGUAGAAUCAUCAUCGUUCGUGACGAUAAUAAUGAUCCGACGAGAACCUCUAUUGUCAUUGUUCUGUUGUCAUUGUGUAGUUUACUCUGUAUCUGAACUCGGUUUAGUCUGCGGAACCGUACUGCUAUGAUGAAUGUGUCGAUGUAAAUCGUGGCUGUCGUGCCUGUCUGACUGAUACAUUGUUAUCGUAGUCGAUAAAUGAUAUCAUCUGUGUCGUCUCUGUUUCGAA